UUACGGAAUAGAUAUUUAUUGUUGAAAUGUUAGAUAUAAGUUGUUAGAAAUAAGAAUGUAAUGCAACUUAAAUCUUAAAAACUACUUUAUUUUCAUUACAAAUCACUUUAUAUUAUAAUAAGUUUAUCGAAAGUUUCUAACUUGAUAAUUACGUUUAUUUUUGUAUAUUUGCAAUUGAAUUAUUAAAAAAUGUUAAGACCAAAGGUUUUAUCUCAAGUUUUAAGUCAAGCAAAUACCAACGGCGUUGAGAAUACCAUGCUAUUAACACACGAAGGAUGUCUUCUAGCCUAUAGUGGUUAUGGUGACAGAGAUUCCAGUAUUACAUCUAUUAUUGCAGCAAACCUAUGGAAUACAUAUCAAAAAAAUGGCUUGGCUACACUGAAAGAAGAUCAACUUCAACUUGUAUUAAUGGAUUGUACGGAAGGAAGAGUAGCAAUUAAACAAGUUGCUAAUAUUCUAUUAUGUUUGUAUGCUAAUCGCUCAGUAGAGUUUGGUUUGCUCAAAGAAAAAAUUACUGCAUUAUCAACUUAUUUAGAUGGGCCUCUACGACAGAUUGCAUCAUCUUAAAUCAGAUAUUUGUGUUUAUGUAUAGUAUAAAAAACAGAUUUAUAAUGAAUUUUGGAAUAUUAAAUUUAAGAAACAUAACUAACUUAAUAAAAAAUAAUUUACAUAUUUUAUUUUUAUAUUUUGUUAAAUUUUAUUUUUUAACUACUUGAAUAACAUCUUCAUCAUGCAUAAUAUGAUGUAAACCCACUCUUUGAGGAGAAUAUUUUGUGCUGGUACCCUGAAAAAAUAAAUACAUUUUAUAGUAUUCAA